AUGGCUACAUUGAUGAAAACAAGAGGUUUGCGUAUGUCUGCACAGAAACAGGAAACUCUUUUAAAGUUAACUGUAUUAUCUCUUGCAGCAAUUUUAUCUUUUGCAACAAGGUUAUUCUCUGUCUUAAGAUUUGAAAGUGUUAUUCAUGAAUUUGAUCCAUAUUUUAAUUACCGCACAACAAAGUAUUUAGCAGAAAAUGGGUUUUAUAGUUUUCACAAUUGGUUUGAUGAUCGUGUUUGGUAUCCACUUGGAAGGAUAAUUGGAGGGACAAUAUAUCCUGGAUUAAUGAUAACAUCAGCAGCAUUAUACCGUCUUUCAUGGAUAUUAAAUAUUACUUUAGAUAUACGCACUAUUUGUGUCUUCCUUGCUCCAUUAUUUUCUAGUUUAACAACAAUUAUUACUUAUUUACUUACCAAAGAACUGAAGGAUUCUGCAUCAGGGUUAUUUGCUGCAGCUAUGAUAGCAAUUGUUCCUGGUUAUAUAUCACGAUCAGUGGCAGGGUCCUAUGAUAAUGAAGGCAUAGCUAUUUUUUGUAUGUUAUUUACAUAUUACAUGUGGAUUAAAGCAGUUAAAACUGGAGCAAUUUGUUGGGCAACUUGUGCUGCUCUUGCAUAUUUUUAUAUGGUGUCUUCUUGGGGUGGUUAUGUAUUCUUAAUUAAUUUAAUUCCAUUACAUGUAUUGACCUUAAUGGUGACUGGAAGAUUUUCUCAUAGAAUAUAUACCGCAUACAGUAUUUUGUACUGUUUGGGAACAAUUUUAUCUAUGCAAAUAUCCUUUGUUGGUUUUCAACCUGUCCAGAGCUCUGAACACAUGCUUGCAUUGGGAGUUUUUGGACUUUGUCAAAUUCACGCAUUAGUUGAUUAUUUCCGUAGUAAAAUGUCUCAAGAUGAUUUUGAAAUAUUAUUUCGUGGUCUUGUCAUUUCUGUAGUUACUAUUUCAUUUAUAUUGGGUGUUAUUUUAACUAUUACAGGAAAAAUAUCUCCAUGGACUGGUCGGUUUUAUUCUCUUUUGGACCCAUCCUAUGCAAAAAAUCAUAUACCAAUAAUUGCUUCUGUUUCGGAGCAUCAGCCAACAUCAUGGAGUUCUUUUUAUUUCGAUCUUCAGAUUUUAGUAUUUCUAUUUCCAUCAGGUUUAUAUUUCUGUUUCUCAAAGUUAACGGAUUCGAAUAUUUUCCUCAUUUUAUAUGGUGUUACAAGUCUAUAUUUUGCUGGUGUAAUGGUUCGUUUAAUGUUAGUUCUUGCUCCUGUAAUGUGCAUUUUGGGUGGAAUUGGAGCUUCUUCUUUACUAGUUACUUACAUGAAACAAGUAGAAAGGGGAAAAGUUAGUGACAAAAAAUCAAAAAAAUUUGAAAGUAACUACAUACUUAGAAGCGAGAUUGCUACACUCUUUAUAACAGUAAUGUGCAUUCUUUUCUUUUCGUAUACUAUUCACUGUACGUGGGUUACAGCAGAAGCCUAUAGUUCACCUAGUAUCGUGUUAUCGGCACGUUCUCCGGAUGGUGGUCGCAUGAUUUUUGAUGACUUUAGAGAAGCGUAUUAUUGGUUACGCAUGAACACGCCAGAAAAUGCUAAGGUAAUGUCUUGGUGGGAUUAUGGAUAUCAGAUUACAGCAAUGGCGAAUCGUACAAUUUUAGUAGACAAUAAUACAUGGAACAAUACUCACAUAUCAAGAGUCGGUCAAGCAAUGGCAAGCUCUGAGGAAAAAGCGUAUGAAAUAAUGAGAGAAUUAGAUGUUAAUUAUGUUCUUGUUAUUUUUGGAGGACUUACAGGCUACUCAUCAGAUGACAUUAAUAAGUUCCUAUGGAUGGUGCGGAUUGGCGGAAGCACUGAAAAAGGAAAAUCUAUAACAGAGUGGGAUUAUUAUAAUUCUGCAGGAGAAUUUCGAGUUGACAAAGAGGGUUCUCCAAUUUUGCUCAAUUGUCUUAUGUAUAAGAUGUGUUAUUACAGAUUCGGUCAAGUUUAUACAGAAGGAGGCAAACCCUCUGGAUAUGAUAGAGUUAGAAACAUGGAAAUUGGUAAUAAGGACUUUGAGUUAGAUAUGUUAGAAGAAGCUUAUACUACAGAACAUUGGCUUGUCCGAAUUUAUAAAGUGAAAGAUUUAAGAAACAGAGGAAUUUAA